GCGCGCUCGUCAAUCGCGCCCGAGCACUCGGUACAAGCCUGCCUCAGCUUGACGACGCGCACGAUCUAGCCGCAAUGGCCACGCCACCGAAGGUCCAAGUGACCUCGUCGAAAGUCAAGUACACGGCGGACAGCAUCGUCGCGGAGUACGAGUACCAAACUUCAAGGGUGACCGCUCGGCAAGCGGCAGCUCCGCACUACUGGGUGAGUCCCGAAACGACCAAGCUGCUCAUAAGGACGGACGCGAGGCUGCCGAAGCUGGGAGUGAUGCUGGUCGGAUGGGGCGGAAACAAUGGAAGCACCAUCACCGCGGCCCUGCUAGCCAACAAGCUCAAGCUCUCGUGGCAGACGAAGGACGGCACGAAGCACGCCAACUGGUACGGCUCGCUGACCCAAGCCUCGACCGUGCGCCUGGGCAGCGAUGGCGCCGAGGACGUCUACGUGCCGAUGUCGCAUAUCGUGCCGAUGGUCGAGCCCGACGACAUCGAGCUCGACGGCUGGGACAUCUCGAGCAUGUGCCUCGCCGAUGCGAUGGCCAGGGCCAAGGUGCUCGACAUCGAGCUGCAGAGGCAGCUGAGCCCGCACAUGCGCGACAUGAGGCCCCGGAAGAGCGCCUACUUCCCCGACUUCAUCGCUGCCAAUCAGGCACCCCGAGCGGACAACGUGCUGUCGGGUACGAAGAAGGACCAAUUACGGGCCAUCAGGCAAGACAUCGACAGCUUUAAGCGCUCGAAGAAGCUUGACAAGGUGAUUGUUCUGUGGACGGCCAACACCGAGCGAUUUGCCGAGGUAAUCGCCGGCGUUAACGACAGCGCUGAUAAUCUGCUGGCGGCCAUCGACCAAGGCCACGCGGAAGUGAGCCCGAGCACGCUGUUCGCCGUGGCUGCUGCGCUGGAAGGAUGCACCUACAUUAACGGCUCGCCGCAAAACACCUUCGUACCCGGAGCCGUCGAGCUCGCCAAGCGGCAGAACACCUUCAUCGGCGGCGACGACUUCAAAUCCGGCCAAACCAAGAUCAAGUCCGUGCUCGUAGACUUCCUGGUGUCCGCGGGCAUCAAGCCCGUGUCCAUCGUCAGCUACAACCACUUGGGCAACAACGAUGGCUACAACCUGUCGGCACCGCAACAGUUCCGAGCGAAGGAGGUGUCCAAGAGCAACGUGGUCGAUGACAUAGUGCGUUCCAACCGGCUGCUCUACGGAGAGACGGAGAAACCGGACCACUGCGUGGUCAUCAAGUACGUGCCUUACGUUGGUGACAGCAAGCGUGCCCUGGACGAGUACACUUCGGAGAUCUUGCUGAGCGGCCACAACACCAUAGUGGUACACAACACUUGCGAGGACUCGCUGCUGGCCAGCCCGAUAAUCCUGGACUUGGUGCUGCUGGCCGAGCUCUGCGAGCGCAUCGGCUUCAAGCGCGCCGACCGCCCGCAAGACCACUACACUGGCUUCCACAGUGUGCUCUCGAUCCUCUCCUAUCUUCUCAAGGCGCCGCUCGUGCCGCGCGGCACCCCCGUCGUCAACGCCCUGUUCAAGCAGCGCGCCUGCAUUGAGAACCUACUCAAGGCUUGCGUCGGCCUCGCCCCUGAGAACCAUAUGCUCCUCGAGUACAAGAUUCAACUCGACGACUAGCGCUCAUCCUACUUGGGCGCCUUUCACCUCUAUCAGUUUUCGCCUUUGCCUUCUCUUUCUCCUUUCCUUCCGUAACAAUAUUGUCAAACGCUCCAUAUUUAUUUCUUAUCUAUCUUGGAUCUAAUAAACGCAGUCGAAUCUUAUCUCAAUAUUC